ACCCAAACAAAAACAAACACGUCACGUGAUCCAUUAUCUGUCAUUUCAUUAUCAAUCUAAAGAUAAUUGAAAUUUGUUUACAAACAAACCAUGGACAUCAUAGAACAUUUGGAAACCCCGUCACUCUUCCAAAGAAUAACCCGAGCCAUAAAUGCAGAAGACUUUGAACAAGUAAAAACACUCCUCAGACCCGACGUUCCAGUGCAGGAACUCAAAGACGCCUCCAACGACACCCUCAUACACAUCGCAGUGCGAAUACAAAAUCUUGAAAUUUUAGAAUACAUUUUGGAUUUGAAAAUCAUUGACAUUAACUCAUACGACUAUAUGGACCAGACCCCUUUAGUGACGGCCGUGUUGCAAAAUUGUGUCAAAGUCACGAAAAUGUUAAUCGUGAAGGGGGCGGAUGUAAAUCUGGGUGACCCAAAAGAGAACAGUCCUCUGCAUUAUGCUGUAUAUCAUGCACUUGAAGAUGAGUGCUUGUUGUUAUUGAAGAAUGGGGCGAACGUCAACGCGCAGAAUUAUUAUGGGUGUACACCUCUUCAUGCAAUUUGCGGGGUUCAUUCUGAGAUAGAGAUAGCUGCUAUGUUGAUGUAUUAUGGAGCAGAUGUUACUGUACGAUCAUGGAAUGACAAAUCUAGGCGUCACACCCCGUUUGAUUUAUGUUUAGUAUACGGCAGAUCUAUUUUGCAGAGGUUUUUAUCAGAUUAUGUGUUUGACGGUGUUGCCGAAGUUUCUGUUAGUUUGGGGGGCAUAAUGGGGGCUAUGCAACAUAACCCAGGCAUGUUCUUUGAUAUUAUUGACAAAAUAUCAGACGUCGUGGUUGACGUGCAAGACUUGAUGGAUUUUAUGAACAAAAUCCUGUUGUUUGAUCCUAAAUGUUUGCGUGUUUUUAUUAAUAGGUUUAAGAAUGUUCUAGAAUCAAUUACUUUGCUGGAUGAUGAGCGCCUGUUUACCAGUAUAUGUGCGAUAAACGGACAAGUAAAUGCUCGGAGGGCGAUUGAUAACUUUUACACCAUUUUAGAAGAACCAGCACUUCCAUAUUUUGUUGAACAUUUAACUAGUGACUUUUUAUUGUGCUUAAUUCAUAUGAAAGUUCCACAAAAAGAAGUAGAAGGACUGUUUUUCCAUCUCUUGAGUUGUGGAUGCCCCCUUACGAAUACUGUACUCGAUACAGUUUAUCACUAUUAUGGUGAUGGUGAAUUCUUUCGGACUUUAUUGUUUAUGGAUAUUGAAAAAAGUACUGACUGUCACCAGCGGCUACCUCCGUUUCCUGCAAUUAUCUACGAUGUAGAUAUUCCAAAUAUUAAUAAUUUUAUCUACUUGCUGCGUUUCAAGAAUUGUAAAAAUGCUCAAAAAGUGGAGCACUUUUUUGCUGGGGUUCAUAUUAAAAACGCGUAUUUUACUUCAGGUGAACAGCAGUUGAUAGAGAUAGCUCAGAGGAUCCCAAAUGUGCCUUCAUUAUUGGAAUUGGCGAGAAACGACACACGAAAUCACAUCAUAAGGCAUUACGGAAUUACCAACUCAAGACAGUUUUAUGACGUAAUCAGAUUACUACCGAUAUUGGAGGAAUACAAGGGCAUCAUUACUUUUAAAAAGAGACUUUAUUAUUAUUAGGAUACAAAAAUCGUGAAGUGAGUCGUUUAAUAGCCUCCUUGGUAUUGUUUGUAGUAUUUAUAUAUUUUACAAGACUGAUUUUUUUUGUGCUGCUUAAUAAACUAAUGUAUUAAAA